AAGAAGUCCAAAAACUACGAAAUGAAAUGCUAGAAUUGAUUCGUCAAGAAAAGCCUACCCAUAGUAACGUCAAUAGUCACAGAGGUGCUAAUUUUCUCGAUAGUGGACCAGUGGGCCUAGACAUGACACUGUACCAGGAUACUAAUGAUGCUCUUCCGGAGCUCGAGUCUACGACGAACGCUGAUGCACAGGUCUCGUCUCCUAUAAACCCAAGCGGUAAACAUAUAACGAUCAAACACAUUUCCGUUCAAGAAUGUAAUCCAAAACCGCCAACUCCACCAGCACAAACAGGCGCCUCAACUAAACUAGAUACAAAAUCCUCAACCGAGCCAGAUGCCGUUACAAAACCUGCUCAGAAACCCUCACUCACCUUCGCUCAAGUCUCAAAGACACCAAAGAAAAGUUCUGUCGAACAAGAUAAAAAUGAGACUAAUGCCUGGACUGCGGUGACGUAUAAGAAAAAACGCCGUAACAAUAACAUCAGAGGUUCCAGCACUAAUGUAUCUACUAACAAACUAAAGGCAGCACCGCGUAUUGCCUAUAUUUACCUAUCGAAUGUAGACAGUUCUAUUAAAAACAAGGAUAUCCAUGAAUAUGCAAAGGAUCUCGGCCAGGAUAUACUUGACGUGGAAAAGCUUAGCGAAGACCACCAUGGAAGCGCCUCAUCCUACAUUCUAAAGGUACGAUAUGAACAACUAUCUAACCUCUUGAAGUCCAGCUUCUGGCCUAGCAAUAUUAUCGUUGGUCGAUAUUACAACAGUAAACCACUGCAAGUAAAACCACUAACAAAAAAUGGCUAACGAAACAUUAAAUUUAGUAUCAAUUAACUGUCACGGAUUUACUCGGAAUACCAACCUAAUUACUGAGCUUUGUGACAAAAAUGAUAUUGUUAUUUUACAAGAGACAUGGCUGCUCGAGACUAAUCUACAUACGCUUAACACUGUAUCCAAAACACACAACAACAUAGGGACUACAGCUGUAGACAUGUCCGAGGGUAUUCUGAAAGGUAGGCCCUACGGAGGCGUUGCAAUACUAUACAAGAACUCACUGCGUGUACGAUCCGUGGACUGCGGAACGCCUCGCCUAGCAGCCAUAGAAGUGGCUUUGCCACGAAAUAGAAACCUGUUUGUUAUCACAGUUUACAUGCCUACGGAUAAGGCUGAUCACUUUCCUGAAUUCACUGUUUUAUUGGGUAAAAUACAUGCACUAAUUGACGAAAGGAAUGCUUCUGACUGUCUGAUUGUCGGUGAUUUCAACGCGGAUCCACGGAAGCCUUUUGGCAGAGAACUGGAGUUGUUUUGUGCCGAAUAUGACUAUAAAUACACCGAUAGACUGCUAUUACCGCCGGACUCGUACACAUACGUUAGCGACGCUCACAACACUACAUCGUGGCUCGAUCAUUGUCUGGCUACUGAGCGCACGCACGGAGCGAUACGGAGAAUUGACAUAGACUAUAGUGUCUCAUGGACAGAUCACCGCUCAUUACAUCUCGAACUAGAUAUUGAUACAUUAACAUCUUACAACGAAAACCAGCCGAAAUGCAACCAAUAUGCGUGGAAGCCUCGGUCAAUGCUCCAAAUUAAUCAUUACUCAGAAAUUGUCGAAACCAAUUUACAUCACUAUCUCACACAAAUAAUUGACGUUUCAAAUAUGAAUGAAAACUCAAUCGACAAUCUUUGUAGCAACAUAAUAACAACAAUGCAACAGGCUUCUAUUCAAGCAUUUACAAAAAAUACAUCUGCAAGCUCGAGGAGGCGAAGAAUACCAGGCUGGAAUAAACACGUCGCCGAUUGUUAUGCCGCCUCUAAGCGAGCGUUAAGUCUAUGGCACGAAUCUGGCCGGCCGGUUAGUGGGGAUAUCGCGGAGAAUCGCAAACAAAAACGCAAAAUGUUUAAAAACUCGCUUAAGGACUGUCAAAAAAGAAAAGAUCAAAUACUCAUGGAUAAAUUAGCGAAUGACAUGGCAUGUAAAAACUUUUCGAGCUUUUGGAAUCGCACCAAUAGCUUAAUCAAGGCCAAGAACGUACUUCCUUCUCACAUUAACGGGAUUACGGACGAUAAAAACAUUGCAGAAGAAUUUAGUGCCAUGUUUACACAGCCCCCACCACCUACCUCACAAAACAUGUCAACACAUCUACAAUCGAACCACUCGAUACCUAAUGAUAAAGACCGUACAGCUAUAACCAGUAACACCUUGUGUAAAAUAAUAAAAGAGAUGGCCAGAGGAAAAUCACCGGGGCUUGACGGUCUUUCUAUUGAGCACAUACAAAACAGCGGCAUCUAUACAAUGCAAGCACUUACACUAUUAUAUAACUCCAUAUUAACCACCUCUCACAUUCCUAAGAUACUUGCACAAACAGUGGUUACACCAAUCCUCAAAAAUGCAAAGAAGGAUAAAUCGAGCUCCGGCAAUUAUCGACCUAUAGCACUGGCCUCCAUCAUCGCUCGACUACUAGAAAAGGUAUUGCACUCUAUGGCUGAGGUAUACUUAACUUCCGAGCCAAAUCAAAUGGGGUUCAAACACAGUCACUCUACUGUAACGUGUGUGUAUACGCUAAAACAGAUAGCCAGCUACUACAAAAAACGAAAAACCUCAAUCUACGCCUGCUUUUUAGAUCUUAGCAAGGCUUUCGAUCGUGUAGCACAUGAACAGCUAUGGAAUAAAAUUGAAAAUCGAGGCGCUCCUACCGCCAUUGUAAAGGUGCUAAGCGCCUGGUAUAAAGCACAGAGAAACGUUGUGCGAUGGAAUGGUGUACUGUCGGAGCCAGUGGGAUUGAGCUGCGGCGUGAGACAGGGUGGUAGCAUGUCCCCGGUCCUGUUCAACCUGUACAUGGACGAUCUGAACAAGCAGCUCACACAGACCCAAGUCGGAUGCUCCAUGCACGGGACCAUGGUAAACAAUAUCUGUUACGCGGACGACAUGGUCCUGCUGGCCCCCUCCAUCUCCGCGAUGCGCGAGCUACUGUCGGUGUGUGAGAAGUAUGCAGACGAUCACAAUAUGCAGUACAACGCGGACAAAUCGGAGUAUAUGAUCUUCCAGUCAGAGAACACACCUACAACUGAUCUCCCAUUAAUACUGAAAGGAGAAACAUUACGGCGGGCUGAAGAAGUGAAAUAUCUAGGCCACAUUAUUAAUUCUAGACUUUCAGAUGAUGCCGACAUUGAACGCCAACGAAGAGCCGUGACGGUGCGUGCUAACAUGCUGGCGCGGCGCUUCCAGCGCUGCAGCGGGGAGGUGAAGCGCCAGCUGUUCCUCACGUACUGCACCAGCGUGUACACGGUGGAGCUGUGGAGCUCGCACACGGUGGAGGCGAUGCGGCGCAUGCGCGUGCAGUACAACCACGCGUGGCGCGCGCUGUUCCGCCUGCCGUACCACUGCAGCGCCAGCGGCAUGUUCGCGGCGGGGCGCGCGCCGGGCUGGGCCGCGCUGCUGCGCCGGCGCUCCGCGUCCACGCGCGCCGUCAUCUUCGCGUCCGACAACCCCAUACUGUGCGCGGUCCGGCAGUGGCCGGAGAGCCCACUACACGAUACAUGGAGGAAAUAUCAUGUGUCAUUCCUUUGAUAGCUUGUGUCCGAGUGCUUGUUUUUAAUUAAAUUUUAUUUUUAUUGUAUUAUUAUUAUUAUUAAUCUUUAGUGUGUGAAUUAUUUGUAAUAUUAUUUUUUGUGAUGUGCAUUUUUUAUUGGACCUAUGGUCUGGAAAUAAAGAUAA